AAACAACACAACUCAUCAAUUUUUAAUGUUGCGGUUUUCUUUUUUGAGAAAUUGUAAACAAAUGUUUAAUACUAUUUAAUUUUAUAACUUAUAUAAAAAGCAAACCUAAAUUAUUAUAGAUGAGUUUUUAUUUAACUUAAUCAUAUUUUAUUAUAACUAACAUUACCAAGUAGACUGAAGAUCUAUCUUUUCUUAUAAGAUGUCAGAAUCUGAAGAUGAAGGCUUUGUUGUCCGGGUAAGGGGUCUUCCAUGGUCUGCUACUAAAGAAGAAAUUCUUAAAUUUUUUAAUGGAGUUAAUAUAAGAAAAGGUGUUGAUGGCAUUCACAUGACACUUUCACGUGAAGGACGUCCUAGUGGGGAAGCUUAUGUUGAACUUGAUACGGAAGAAGAUUUUAACAAAGCCUUGGAUCAACACAAUGAGCAUAUGGGACAUAGAUACAUUGAAGUAUUUAAAUCUAAAAGAAGUGAAAUGGAAUGGGUUAUCAAGCGAAGUGGAGCUCACCAAGAGGACUCAUUAAAUGAUGGUUGUGUUCGUCUUAGGGGGUUGCCGUUCGGAUGUUCUAAAGAAGAAAUAUCACAGUUCUUUUCGGGGUUGGAGAUUGUUCCGAAUGGUAUUUCUCUACCAACUGACUACCAGGGGAGAAGCACUGGGGAAGCUUACGUGCAGUUUUCAUCCAGGGAAAUAGCGGAAAAGGCGAUGGGGAAACACAAGGAAAAAAUAGGGCACAGAUACAUUGAAAUAUUCAAAAGCAGUUUGCAAGAAAUUAGGCUCGCAGUUGGCAUGUCUGGUCCAAAAAUGCGGCCACUGAUUCCCAAUCGUCCAGGUCCUUAUGAUAGAUCUGAUCGUUAUGGAGGCAUGAUAAAUAGAUAUGGUAUGGGAAGAGGUGGUCGAAACUUCAGAAGUUAUUUGGAUGAGGAAUAUAAUGAAUAUUGUGGCAACUAUGGAAAUGGUGGUUUCGGAUAUAAUGGAGGUGGUUUUGGUGGCAUGGAUGGCUAUGGAGGUCGUAUGAAUAGUCCCAUGAAUGGUCGUUUUGGUGGAGGUUUCGGUCCUGUUGGUGGAAGAGCCUUUGGAGGAACUGGCCAUUGUGUGCACAUGAGAGGCUUACCUUUUAGAGCUAUUGAGCAAGAUAUUUAUGAUUUUUUUAGACCAUUAAAUAUAUCACCUAUAAGUGUUCGUUUGCGAAAUGACAGAAGUGGCCGUCCAUCUGGUGAAGCUGAUGUUGAAUUUGCAACUCAUGAAGAUGCUGUGAAAGCUAUGACUAGAGAUAAAGCAAAUAUGCAACAUAGAUACAUAGAGCUAUUUUUGAAUUCGUCCUCGAAGCCAAUGAGUUCUGGUCCUGCUUCAUAUGGUGGUCGAUAUGGAGGUGGAGGGUAUUAUAAUGGUGGAAACGGUGGUUACCAAGGACAUGGAAUGAAUAGCAUGAUAGGUGGCAGUAAUUAUUCAGCAUUUUGAAAUUGAAUUCAACUUUAGUCAUUAAAUUAAUAACAAGCCAGUGGGUUUGGACAUUCCAGUGCAGUUGUAUAGUUGAAAAUUAAUGUUAAGAAGUUAUUGUUUUGUGUUGUUGCCAACCUUUAGUGUUAUUAACUUUUAGUGCCACUAAACAAAGUCUGUCAUAUUUUCUUUGAUCUUCUGCUAGCUAGUGAUAGAAAAAUUAUAUUUUUAUUUACUGUUAAUGGAGAUAUAUGUUUUUGUUAAGGGAUAAUAUUUUUUAAUUUUCCAGUACAAUUUAUAACUUUAUCACCCAUGCAUUCAGCUGAUUUGUUUUAUUCAUAUGUGUUGACCAUUUUCAUCUGAAAUGACAAUGUUGUAAGUUUUAUUAUGUAUAUCAUCACCUAAUGCAUAUUGCAUGAUUGAAAUAAAUUGUUUUAUAUAUAAAUGAA